GGCCAGUAAUUAUUAUUUUAUUCUGUAGUAGUACCACUAGGAAAAAAAAAAAUUAGUACCACAGGGCACAGAAUGAUUGUUAUACUAUGAUAAUUGACAACAAAAACAAACAAUAUUGUAAUUAGUAAUUCAUAAUACCCGAAACCCGUUAGUGUUUAAAAUGUUGAAUCGUUGAAUGUUUCCAACUUGUUUUGUUGUUCGUUUUUUUUAUCGUUUUAAUUUAACCACUCAGAAAUUAAAAAUAUAAUAGUUAUGGAUGACUCUGGUACUUCGUCUAGGUCAAAUAAAGACGGGCAAAAGACAUUUUUCAAAUGUAACCCAAAGGCAGCAAUAAAACAUCCUUUUACCAUUCUUGUAAGACUGAAAUAUUUUUACUUAAAUCUAGCUUACCAUAACAAAAAUAUUUUUUUAUUUAGUUAAGAAUAAUGUAAAAUUAGAUAUUGUUGAUUUCAAAAUUACAGAUUUAUAAACUAUACUCCUAUAGUUUAUACCUUAUAUGCUUUUGAAGUUUGUGAUUUUCUUUUUUUACGCGCACUGCACAUAUGCUAUCCCAAUAUCAAAUGUUCAAAUUUGUUUGACCAUGAUUAUUGUUAUUCUACAUACUACAAUUACCUAUAUUUAUUAUAUAACUCAAAUCAUAGCAUAUAUAUAUAUUAUCACUCAUGAAAACUUCAAAGUUAACUCUAUCCAACAAAUUCUAAUUGUAUCGUUAUUAUUAACUAGGAAAUAAUAAAGUUCAAAAAAUCAAAUAUAUAUUUAUGAAUCUUGAUUUUUGAGUGGUAUUGUAAACAUAAUUUACACCAUAUUAUUUACUUAUUGUUUUUAUCAAUUUAGGUGAUUGGUAAGUAUAAUUGGACUUCUCUGUUGACUGAAGCAUUGAUUGAUUACCAUGAAAACAAUAAUUUUACAAAAAUUCAAGUUCAUAAAGCAAUCAGUGUAAAGUCAGCAGUUUCAACGUUACCCAAUAUCUAUGCCGAUCUUGUAAUCAUAUUAUUGGAUAUAAUGAAACAUGACUGUUUGAUUGAUGUAAGUUGUUCUCUAAUAAAUAUAAGUAGGAUUAGAGAUUUCUAGCGUUUGCAUAUUAGUUUUGAAUGAUUAAUGAAAUAGCAGAGUUAAAAAUAAUAUAUACUGUUCAAUAUGUAAAGAAUCUAAAUCCUAAAUUUAAUUUUGUGUAUAAUUACAUAUUUUACAGUUUUUAUUUUUUAGAGCAUAUUUUUGCAGUAUUUAACUUUUAAAUGCUAUAAAUGAACUUGCACUUAUAUCAUCUUAUUGCAUGCAAUGUAUUAUACAAGACUUUUAUAAAUUUACAUUGUUCUAAUUCAUACAUUUUGAUGUGCGAUAGUAUAGUCCAAUAAAAUAUAAUAAAAUUGUUAUUUUAGUUAACAAACAACCAUUUAGUUUGAUCAAUAAUUCAAAUUAUUCAUCUCAAAACAAAGUUUUAAUGUAAAUACCAUUAUAAUGAAAAAAAAUAAUAAUUAUAGUUAAGCUUUUUAAUAUACAAUUUCAAUACAACAUUUUUGGUGCAUAUUUGGAUAUUUUUUAAAGAAUAUUAGCAUGUUUUUUAGAGUUGGAAGUCCCUAAGCUUAGAUAUUAAAUAUAUAUUUUUUUCUUUUAAAAUACAUCUAAAUGAAUCGUGUCUCCAUUCAUCCCAGUCUUCACCAAUCUGUAUUUGGAUUAAAAUCUAUCAUAUAUCUCUUUAUAUUUCUAACAGUUUAUCAUUUGGGUACCACCAUAAUAUUACCUUCACCAUACUAGCCUUCUCUAGUUAACCCCCCCCCCCUUUUUUUUUUUUGAGUUUAACCGACUACAGUAGAGGAUCUGUUUUAACAAUACUUCCUCACUACUUCCAAGCUAUUAAUUCUUCCUCUUAAAUUUGUUUAAAAUAUCCUAUCUGCUAAAAAUAUUUCUUGUAUUCAAGUAUGAGUCUUAACAUAUUCCUUUAAAAACUCAGCAUUGUAAAUCAUACAUUAUUUUGUCAUUAAUUUUGUAACAUAUAAUUAUUGUGAUUUAUUUUUAUAGGUUGAAUCAAAUUUAUUGGCCCUUGAACCGGCAAUAUUGUGCGGUAGAACUGUAUUAGUAAAUCCAAGAAGAGAUUUAAAACGAAAAGACAUGGAAAUUACCUAUGCAAAUAUUGAUAGUCUUAAAAAAAAAUAUAAUCUACUUAUUAUUCAUGCAAAUAUUGAAGUAAAUACAAGUAUUAAGAGGAUAUGAUGCUCAAAUAUGUUGUCUGUCAUACAAACGAAUGAUAUAUAGCAAAUUUGCGUUCGGCAGGGACAACUUUGUGCUGUUAGUUUUAAUAUGUAUUUUUAUAUAUUAAGUGGACUUGUGCCCUAUCAAUAAUGAACAUAAUGGUAAAAAUUAAAUAAUGCAGGAUAACAAUUAACAAAAAUUGAUGUUUAAAAGCCAUUUUACACGAGAUUUAGAGAUUUAUUGGAGUGAAUUAAACUAUUAGUGGCGCGGAGAGGUGUGCCUUUUUUUAUGUUUUCUUAUAUUCUACAAUUUUUUAUAUAAUAUAUAUAUAUUUUAUUCAUAAAAUUCACCCUGUUCCUUUUAACCUCUAAAUCCUCCACUCAUGGGAUGGUACAUAUUUAAAAAAAAAAUUAAUUUUCAUUAAAAUUUGAACUUUAAGCGCUUUAAAUAAUAAACUGCAUUCCAUUGAACUUUUUUUCUCAAUAAAUUGCAAUUUACCAAAACAAUUUAAAACAAAAAUCAAACAAAAAAUUAAAGUAGCUAUAAAUAACUGAAUAAUUGUAUCAUACUUGGAAAGAACUGUAUAUAAAAAACUGUACCUAUUUAAGUAUUCUGUGAAAUUUCCUCCUGCCCUUGCAAUUUUUUUUUUCACUGUAUCAACAAUUAUUGAACACAGAAUGUCCUACAGUGUUAUGAUAACACUGUUGGUUAACUGCUAAUAACUAUCAACCUACUCAUAUUCACCAUGGAUAACUUAAUUCAAGCGCCAUAGACCAUUGCUUACGAAAAAACAAUUCUAAGAGGAAUUCAGUUGAUAGUGAUGCUUUGUGAUCAAUAUAUUUGCCAUAUUAUAGUAAAAUAAUUAAAUAGGCUCUAUAUAUUUUCUUUAAUAAUAUUUGUUUAAUGUUGUAUUUUUUUUUUUUUUUGGUUUUCCCAAUUUUUUACAUUUGUUGAGAAAACUCUAGAAAAAAUAGAAAAACAAUCUAUCUAAAGUACCUUCCCAGUGAAAUUUCCUUUCAGAAAUAUUGCUAUCAUUAAAAGUUAGAGAAAAAUUUCUGGUAUAAAAGUUGUCCACAGAAAAAAAAAUAAACAUCUUUGUAAAACCAUAAGCUUCUUUGCUCUACUAGGAAUUUAAAACUCAACAUUCAUUUUUUUUUUUUUCAAUCGGGUUUUUUGAGGGAGAUACAAUACAAUUUUUAUUUUUAUCAUUUUUCAAUAUUUUCAAAAUAACUAUUGUGAACUCUUGCAAAUUAAAAUAUCAAGAAAAAAAUAUCCACAAUUUCGCAGAGAAUAAUGUUACCUUAAGUUUUGAUAAGUUCACAAUGAUAACAAUAAUAGCACAAAGUUAUAACUGCUGUAAGCAUAAGUGUUGUUGUACAUUUGUAAGACGAAGACUCGCGUACUGGUAUCAUUUCCUCUUUAAUCAAUCAUUCAAUUUUAAAAAUUAUAAAAGGAUGAAGUAUUGUAUUAUAUUAUAUUAUAUUUUAUGCAUCUUUUUCAGGAUUAUUUAAGUAGAACAUUUUUAGCAAGGAGGAUAAUGGUUUAUUCUUACAAAAUUAACAAAGGUGGUUUACCAAAUCUUUUGCAUUUUUCUACUACAAUUGAAGACUAAUUUAUUGGUAGAUUAAUACUACUUAUUUUAAACUAAAUAUUUUAUUAUAAGUGUAAUAAUAUAAAAGCAUAAAUCUGUAUAUAUGUUUAAAUUAUAUUCAUACAUUUUCUACAUUUUUAUUUAACUUUGUGAAACUCAAUUAAUUUGCAACAAAAAAAGAAUCAAUACAAUUGUCUGCAUCAUUAAAUUGGAGAACUGCUGAAACCCCUGUCUGCAUAAUGUUUGGGUAAGGUUCGGUCUGACACUCUUGGAAAUCCUGGGUCACCUGGCACACAUUGAGCACGUGAUUCAUGCACUCUCCAUCCACUUUUUCUUUCCCAAUUCU